AGAUCCAAUCUGGUAAAAUUCAUCGUGGAACCUUGUCCAACCAUAGGUCGGUCCAGUGUUAUAAACACUGAAAUAUAGACAAAAGUUAGAUACUUGUCCCUUCUUUAACAUGAGCAAACUUGAAGAAGCGUUUAUAUCGGUGAUCGUUGAUCGUUCUGCUAUGGCGAAAAUCUUUCAAAUGGCGGAUGCUAGCAAUUUGGUGACAGAGCUUCGUCGGAACUUCGAUGCCGGAGUAACUCGCGGUUACGAGUGGAGAGUCACUCAGCUUAAGAAACUUCUCGUAAUUUGCGACAAACACGAGCCUGAGAUCGUAUCCGCUCUCCACGACGAUUUAGGCAAACCUGAACUCGAGUCUUCUGUUUAUGAGGUAGCUUUGUUGAGAAACUCGAUCAAGUUAGCUCUUAAGCAACUAAAAGACUGGAUGGCACCACAUAAGGCAAAGACGUCUCUAACAACGUUUCCUGCAUCAGCUAAAAUUGUGUCAGAACCUCUCGGAGUUGUCCUUGUAAUCUCGGCUUGGAAUUUUCCCUUUAGUAUGUUUGAACAAUCCCUUACUGAUUUAUGUAUUACCUCUAGCUUAUCCAUUUUGAAUGCCUUCAAACGACAUUUGACUAUUGCCUGUUUCUUGCAAGUGUUGUCUAUUGAUCCUGUUAUUGGUGCGAUUUCUGCUGGGAAUGUUGUUGUGUUAAAGCCAUCAGAACUGGCUCCAGCUUCUUCCUCUCUGCUCGCAAAGUUACUGAAACAGUAUCUAGACCCUUCUGCAGUGAGAGUUGUAGAAGGAGCUGUUACUGAAACAACUUUGCUGCUGGAGCAGAAGUGGGACAAAAUAUUCUACACAGGUAAUUCGAGAAUUGGGCGUAUCAUAAUGACGGCAGCUGCGAAGCAUCUCACCCCUGUUUCUCUAGAGCUUGGGGGAAAAUCUCCUGUUGUCAUAGACUCAGAUACCAAUUUAAAAGUAAUUACUGUCAGGCGUAUAAUAUCAGGUAAAUGGGGUUGCAACAAUGGACAGGCGUGCAUUUCUCCAGACUACAUCCUGACGACAAAAGAAUAUGCUCCAAAAGUGAUUGAUGCCCUGAAGAAAGAAUUGGAGGCAUUUUAUGGGAAUAACCCUAUGGGGUCCAAAGAUACGUCACGUAUUGUAAACUUGAAUCACUUUGAUCGCCUGUCUAAGAUGUUAGAGGAGAAGGAAGUUUCUAAUAAAAUCGUCUAUGGAGGUCAAAAGAACAGAGAGAACCUGAAAAUUUCUCCAACAGUCUUGCUUGACGUGCCAUUAGAUUCUUUGAUCAUGAGUGAAGAAAUAUUUGGCCCUCUCCUGCCAAUCGUCACGCUCAACAACCUGGAGGAGUGUUUUGGCGUGAUUAAUUCUCGACCCAAGCCACUUGCUGCGUAUUUGUUUACCAAAAACCACAAGCUGAAAAAGAAAUUUACCAAGACAGUUUCUGCUGGAGGCAUUGUAGUCAACGACACAGCUGUUCAUUUUACACUUCCCACAUUGCCAUUUGGAGGAGUCGGUGAAAGUGGAAUUGGUUCUUACCAUGGUAAAUUCUCAUUUGAUGCAUUCAGUCACAAGAAAUCUGUUCUCUUCAAAAGCUUUUUAGGUGAUUCAGCCAUCAGGUAUCCACCAUACUCUAGACGAAAGCUUGGACUGUUAAAGACACUUGUCAACAGCAAUCUAGUGGACACAUUCAAAGUCCUUUUAGGUUUAUCCUAAAAGGAUGAUGACAAUGGGUUAUACAUCCCCUUGUAUCUUACUUUCUUCGGACAUGAACUUUGGUUGUUAAAGAUAUGUGUGUUGAUGAAUAAGAGAUUUGAGAUUGAUUGUGGAAAUCCGUUUUCUUCA